AUGGGAGACCGCGCCUACCAACUUGUGCCGAUAGACGGCGAAGACGCACGCCUGCAUAGAAGCCGGUCCCAGCGUUCGCAGCUCCAAAAGUAUGAUAGCCCGGACUUGGAGACUGUCAAAGAGUACACGUACGACCCACUUCCGCCUUCUAAGAAACGGAUUCGUCUCCUGAGACUUUGGAGCGGAACAAUUCAUGGACUAGAGAUAGUCUGUGAACUCAUUGAAGCCGACUACGACAAUAGCUUUCACAUUCCGACAAUACCAAUGGACAAUUAUAACCGACCCAAAGACGAAACUCUCGAGGAAGAGUGUAGGCGAGUCAGGAAGAAUGAGAUCAAGUACGAAGCACUGUCGUGGUGCUGGGGUGAUGGCCCAGGGGAGUAUGUAAUACGGAUUGAGCGAGAUGGGGUGACAUACAAGAAAAGGGUCAGAAAGGAACUGGCGCUGGCAUUGAAAUAUCUUCGAAAACCAAACGAAAGGAGGACCCUUUGGAUCGACGCCCUCUGCAUUGAUCAAAGGAAUCACGUAGAGCGGAACCAGCAGGUCCAAAUGAUGUCAAGAAUUUAUACGAGAGCAAAGGAAGUUUGUAUCUGGCUUGGGGAAGAUACCGACGAGAGCAAGAUCGCAAUCGAUUUCAUCCGGGAAGAGAUCACACAGUUGAAGAAUUUCGAUACUAUCACCUCCGAUAAGAGCCACAGUGAGAAGUGGCAGGCAUUGAUGAUGCUAAUGCAGCGGGACUGGUUCUCCCGUCGCUGGGUCGUUCAAGAGAUUGCUCUAGCUCAAAGGGCUAGGAUCUACUGUGGCCCGGAUUCGAUCCCUUGGAAAGAAUUCGCAGUCGCCGUCGAGCUCUUUGUGGAGGUUGAGACGGCGACGCAUCGCCUCUCAGAAGUCAUGCAAAAGGAUGAAAAGUUUCGACAUAUCCCCGGCUGGUUCGAGUACGUUUCGGAGCUCGGCGCGAGUCUCUUGGUGCAAGCCACUGGCAAGGUGUUUCGUGCUCAAAGGACACCGAUGGACGACGUUCACGAAGACAUCGAGGAUCACAAAAAAAUGGCGAAAUUCAUGGAGGAUGUGCACACGAUCGAUCCCCUGGACCGACGAAGCCUGCUCAGCCUGGAGUAUUUGGUGACUACCAUGUUCAUAUUUAAGGCAAGCGAAUACCGCGACUGCGUUUAUUCCAUGUUGGCCAUUGCCAGGGAUGCGUCGCCUUUCGCCGAGUCCACCAUGAGGCCCGACGACGUUUCAAUCCUUACGAUGUCAACUUUCGAUAACUUCCUCGCAGAGAAACCGUUUAAGGUGGAUUAUGCACGACCAUAUGUUGACGUUUGUCGAGACUUUGUCGAGUUCUGUAUUCAACGGAAGCAGAAGUUGGAUCCGGUACAAGCCCUAGAUAUCCUGUGUCGUCCCUGGGCUCUGGAUGCCCCUAUAGGGACCUCAUUACGGCUUCCAGAGAUAUCCUCCAUCAACAGGAAGAGGAUGGUGCCACCGCCUACAACGGUGUGGAAAAAACGGCUGUGUGAUGUGGAAUGUUAUGAAGAAAAGGAUCAAUCUGGGGGCGUCAUCAAAAGAAUCAGAUACGUCAAAAAGGAUGAUGAUGUGUGGAUCGAUGACAAAGACGACAUUUUCAAGGCGUACAAAGACCUCCCGAAAAACGAUGCUAUAUGGGACGAGAAAUCCAAAAAGGAGUGGAAGAGACCAUCUAGUUGGGAAAAAGUUCAGUGUUUCCUGGAUCAUGUCAAGGAUACGAAAAGAGCUCACAGUCAGGAGUUGCCUUCAUGGGUGACUCGGGCUUCCAAGGCUCCGUUCACACUUUACGAGCACCCCGGCAUGCACAUCCUCAAGACAGGCCGGGCCAAUGCAGAUCCCUUGGUCGGACCGCCCACUGACGGCCAUAGGAACUACAGCGCGGCGCAAACACAUCCCAUAGACCACAAAUCCUUAAAGUUCAGGAAGAGGUCAUACAUGGGCCAUUACAGUCUCUACGUCGCAGGCGUGGAGUUGGACACCGUAAAAGAAGUACGAGAUGCUUCACAAGGAGGUAAUAUUCCGCAACAGUGGCUUGCCUUGGGAGGCUGGGCAGCGCCAUAUACAAAUGAUCCACCUGCCGAAUUUUGGAGGACCCUCGUGGCCGACAGAGGCCAAGAUAACAAGAAUCCACCGUAUUACUACGCAAGAGCCUGCAAGGAAUCCGUACACAAGGGAGGUACUUCCAGUGGCAGGGUGAAUACUACGGAUCUCAUCAACAACGAACGAAAUUCGAUCAUCGCGGAGUUUUGCAGGCGGGUUCACGCCGUCAUAUGGGGGCGCUCGUUGUUCAGAACCGAGGGUGGAAAGCUGGGCCUUGCUACAAACGUGAAACCAGGAGACAGGAUAUGCAUUUUAUAUGGUUGUACGGUCCCUGUUGUUCUGAAACGGUACAAGAAGAAGCCGGGAGACAAGGAGCGGGAAGAGUUUGAAGACAAUUUCGAAGCAUUUAGAUCCUGCCUGAAGAGACUUGAGAAAUUCCGCGCGCGCAAAGCCCGGUAUAUAUCCAACAAGGGGAAGAUACUAGUCGACAAGGAGACCGGGAAGCGCACCACAUGGGAGGAGGAGGUAAAAAAGGCGACAAAAGAGGAAAACGAUAGAAUCGAAUUGGAGAAGGAGAUCAAAGAGACUAUCAAAAAGCUUGAAGCAAAAGCAAAGAAAGAUAAAAAGGGCGAUUCACUGGCUGGAAAAACAAGAAGCUUGAGUCCACCACAGAAUCCGACACUGAAGAGAACAAAAACGACACUCCGACAGAACGAGGAGAGAGCCAAGAUGGAGGAUCCAAGUCUUUGGUAUGUGUUCAAGGGUGAGAGCUAUGUUCAUGGCCUUAUGGACGGAGAAGCCUUGCGGGAGGCGUUUUACAACGAUCGUCCAAAACGAAUAUUCGAGCUGAGAUGA